GGGGUUAGGCACUCAGCUGCUGACCAGUCCCAGCUGCAGCCCCAGCCCCUUCCCUUCCGAGCCGGUCCGGAGAGCCAGAGCUGGGCGCUCGGGGUCCGCGGGAAAACGAGCUUCUGCCGCCGCCAGAGCCAGAGUUCCCUCGGGGACCAAGCGGGUUCUCUCGGGUCCGUCCAAGGCCACCAGGGCUGCAGCCGCCGCCGCCUUCUUCCUUACCCAGCGCUGCCAGUCGUUCGGUCCCAUCCGUCCAGCUCCUCAGAGGUGCCGGCCCCCAGCUCCCCGCCCACCCGGAGCCUUGACCUCGAAAGCAGCGUCCCGAGCCACCACCACCCUCAGCUGAGAUGGCUUCAGUAACAGAAGGAGGAAAAGCCGCGGGCAAAGAUGCUUCAGACCAAAACUUUGACUACAUGUUCAAAUUGCUCAUCAUUGGCAAUAGCAGCGUUGGGAAGACUUCUUUCCUCUUCCGAUAUGCUGAUGACACCUUCACGCCAGCCUUCGUCAGCACGGUGGGCAUUGAUUUCAAGGUGAAGACGGUUUACCGCAAUGAGAAGAGAGUCAAACUCCAGAUCUGGGACACAGCUGGCCAGGAAAGGUACCGGACCAUCACCACUGCCUAUUACCGGGGUGCCAUGGGCUUCAUCCUCAUGUAUGACAUCGCCAAUGAAGAGUCCUUCAAUGCUGUCCAGGACUGGGCCACCCAGAUCAAGACCUACUCCUGGGACAAUGCCCAAGUCAUCCUGGUGGGGAACAAGUGUGACAUGGAGGAUGAGAGGGUUGUGCCCACCGAGAAGGGGAAGUUCCUUGCUGAGCAGCUUGGGUUUGACUUCUUUGAAGCCAGUGCCAAGGAGAACAUUUGUGUCAGGCAAGUCUUUGAAAGACUGGUGGAUGUUAUCUGUGACAAGAUGUCGGAGACCCUGGAUACAGACCCUGCUGUGGCCAGUGGAGCCAAGACCACGCGCCUCACAGAUACCCCACCUCUCCUCCAGCCCAACUGCUCCUGCUAGGCCCAGCAGGCCAAGCUCCCUCUGCUCUCUGAGAACUCUCCCCAAAUCCCAACUUAACCACAUCCUUUCCUCUCCCCUGCAAUAUUUCCUACCCCUGCCCCCUUGUUAAUUCAACAGCUCUCAUGUAGACCUCAGUGUCUCUUUUCUAUAACUGGUCCUGGUGGAAUCUGCAACUUGUCUUCUGGGUCCUGGAAAAUGUGAUGCUCUCAGCCUUUUGUGAGUGGACCCUGCUUUAUAAAUGCUCAGAACCAGGUUCUUGAACUGGAAAGGACCUUUGGGGGCAAUGAGUUCACUCUCCCUUCCCUGUUUCACAGAAAACAGAAUUUUGUUCCAGAGAAGAGGAGUGACUUACUCAAAAUCCCUCAGCCAGGAGGGGGUAUAGCUAUGAUUUGGACCCACUUCUGCAUCCAAGUUGAGGGUCCUUUCCAUAGUGCUAUACCCCAUCCCACUGGAAUGAGACUGCUUAUUUAAAGACAACUCAUCCCACUUUAUGAAAGGCUUCAUGCCAAGCUUUACCCUACAUAACAUCUUUUGAAGUACAGGUUCUUUGCAUAACAUGAGGCUACACAACCAACACAAGGUUAGCUGGAGAGGGACAUGUACAAAAUAUCUAUUUCCCAUCCUGCUCCCUGGUAGGUUUCCUUCUAGGUUGCCCUGAGAACCCUGCCCCUGAGCUAGGAAUAUUCUUGGGGCUUUAGCAAUAAGGAGAAACCUCAGCUCUGGGGAGCUUGGAAAUAUAGGAUUAAACACUUCAUACUGCAGGGACCAAAGACCAUGAAGUCCAGUUUUCAUUUUCACAGAGGAAUAAACUGAGCUCCAGAAAGGGCAGAACUGGGAACCAUGAAAAGGAAACUGGGUUUGGGGUCAGAGAACUUGAAUUCAAUUCCUCACUUUUCUAUUUUCUGGAUUGCUAAUCUUGGGCAAUCCUUUCCCUCUGUGUAGGCUUCAGUUCUCCUCUAUAAAAUGGGAGCUGAACUAGAUGACCUCUAAGGACCCAUCCAGCUUUUCUGUGGUCUUAACAAGGGUGGAAGGAGCCUAAAUUGAGUCAGAUACAAUUUAUUUCAUGAAAAGGUAUUAGGGUGAGUAUUGCAAUGAUUCUUUUGAAGCAUGUUCAGGGUUCCAUUAUGUAAAAGAAUAAGGGAAAGGGUGUUUCUGGGGGUGCUGGUCUUGUAUCUUUUCCUUCUUCCUGGAAUCUAUCUGCAUCUCCACCACUGAAAAUUCAAGUACUAGCAAGUAGCUGACAUCUUCUGUACCAGGUCUGAUCUGAGACAGCCAAUCCCAAUAUGUCUAUUCUGGGGGAGACAAGGAAAAUGAAAAUAGAGCCCCCAUCUGGAGCCCAGGCUCCUAAAAAAGUAGGUAAUUAAGCUAAAAUAAAUCCUAGAAUCUCAAAGCUUGAUAGACCCUCCAAAGUGUCUAAUCCAAUUAGUACCUAAACAAAAAUCCCCUCUACAAUAUACCCAAGUGAUCAUUCAGUCUCUGUUUGAAGGAUCCCAGUGACAGUGAGCUCACUGCAUUAAUAGUUGGCAAAUUAAUGACUUGCCCAGGAAAGAAGGCUUUCCCCCUUACCUGGUGUCUCAUAAUAGUUAGGGGCAUUUACACCCAAGUUCUGGACUCCUUCUAGUCUCCAGAUGGCAAAGGGGUGGGUUAGGUUGGAGUGUGUAGCUAGAAAGAAUUGACCUAUAAUAUACAUUCUAUCCCCAUGAAGCAGGCUCAGUUGGGUGAGGAUUCAUUCCUUCCAAGUCUCUCAUCAAACCAAGAAAGGGCUAGAGGCAACAAAGAACAAAUUUGAGGCUAGUUAAUGGGUCCUUUUUGUGAAGGAAGUGGGCUGUCUUGAUGAGGGUUACCAGUAACACCACUAGCAUCUUAUAAUCAUUUAGGAGAGGCUAUUUGUGUGGUGAAGAAAGCAUAGGGCUGGGAGUAAGGAGACCAGACUUCUGGUUCCAGGCUCAUCCACUGACUUGCUAUAUGACCUUUGGACAGUUCCUUUGCCUCUCAGAGCUUCAGACUCCUCUGUAAAAUGGUGGGAUUGAGUUAGAUCAGCUCUAAAAUCCCUUCCAUCUCUGACAUGAAAUGCAUCAACUGUGACACACUCUUUUCCAAAGUCCACUCCAGCUUGGACAAUCUAUCACUUAAAUGUCAGCCAAUCAAACAAAUGAGCAUUUCUUUGCACCUACUAUGGGCAUGGCUUAGGAGAUGCAAAGACAAAAGUGAAAUAUUCCCUGCCCUUGAGGAGUUUACAACAUAUGUGUAUAAAAUACAUAAGGAAAUUGGGGUGGAGAGAAAGGCACUGGCAAGUGAGGGGAUCAGGAAAGGCUUCAUAAAGAAGGCGGUGCUUGAGCUGGUCUUGAAGUUAGUCUGGAAUUCUAAGAGGAAAGGGGUGAGAAGGGAGUGAAUUCCAGGGUAGGAACAGUCUAUGCAAUCAUGGAGGUUUGGAGAUGGAGCGAACUGUGUGAGAAACGGAAAGGAAGCCUUAGAUCACUUGGAACUGAGCUAAGCCAUCAGUCCUGACUCAGAGGAUCUUGAGUCAAGCAUGUACUUGGGUGAGGAGGGGAAGGAAAAGAUGAUUCCACUUUGGUCAAAAGAGACCAAGAAGUCCUUUGUUGUAUUAAGAGGACCUUUUUGUUAAAGAGGGCAUGUGCCACCUGGCUCUGGAGCUGUCCAAGGUCCUGACCUAGCAUAUCCUUGAAUAAGUACCUGCAAUUCUCAAUAAAAAGAAAAGAUUGGGGGAAGAACACUGUUGAGAGGAGGCAGCCACUUGAACUGGGACCUGAAUGCCUACUGACUUUAUUGCCAAUGUGACCUAAUCACUUGGUUUAUCUGAGCCUCAAAUUUCCUUUCUUUGAAAUGGGAUGACAGGGCCAUUUUAGAUAUGGAAGGGACCUUGGACAUUAUCUAGUCCAAGCCCAUUAUGUUACAGAGUAGGGUAAUGAUUCAAUAAUUCAAUAAAUUUCAGUCUGCAAGUAUUUAUUAUACAUCUACCAGGUGCCAGGCACUGUGCUAGUCACUGGAGAUACUAAGACACCAAAUGGUCCAUGCCUUAAAGGAGUUUGAUAUUCUUCUGGGGAAGACAAUGUGGGCCCAGAUAAUUACAAGAUAAAUUAAGGAGGGAGAGAACACACCUCUGGGUAGAUAACAGAAGACUUCUAGAUGGAAGCAAAGGAAUUGAAGGUUUCCAAGAGGUUUUGAAGUGUCGGCCCCAAGAUCACACAAAUAAUAAAUCAUGUGAGUCAGGAUUGAAUCUAUAUUCCCAGACUUCUGGUCCAACUGCUUUGAACAGCAGCUGGCAUCAGUUCAGUUUGAUACUUGUUGCCAUUUACCUGAGUAAAUGGCACCUCAACUGUGAAGGGGACCCACCUGUGUUUUGGAUGUGUGGCUGGUAAGAGAUUACUAAUACCACUGUGGAUAUACUUCUAGCUCCAUCAGGACUAUCAUUUUACUUUGUGUAUGAUGAUGAUAAGGAUUGAAAGGCAGGGAGAAUAGGAAGAUGCAUAGGUUUGGAGCCUGGGGACCUGGGUUUCACAUCCCCAGCUCUGGUACAUACUUGUUUGCUACUAUGUGGCCUUUGAGUAAAUCAUCUAUCCUCUAUAGCCUUGAUCUUAAAGACUCAUUGAUUUAGAGCUAGGAGGAACCAUAGAGGUAAUCUAGUCAACCUCCUUACUUUAUAGAUGAUGGAACUGAAGUCCAGGCAGGUUAAGUGAUUUCCCCAAAGGCACACAGGGAAUAAGUGUCAGACCUCCUGGGUAAAAGCGAGGGACUUGGCAAGAUCAGGGGGUCUUAAUUUGAGUGAGGGAAAAGGGGCCAUUAAUGUAGAUGGGGAAAAUAUCACCUUUCUUUUCACUAAUUUCCAACUGAAAUUGAGCAUCUUCUUCAAUUAUAUAAAAAUAUGAUUCUGAGAAGGGGUCCAUAGGCUUCACCUGAUAGCCAAAGGGGUCCAGGACAGAAAACAGGUAAAAAAACCUGGACUCAAGGAUCUGUAAGAUUCACAAGUUGUUCAGUGUCAUGGGAAAACUACUGAAACAGUAGUCAGGGAAAUGGAAUAUGAAUCCAGAUUCACUCACUAGCUGUGUGACCUUGAGUAAGUAAUAACCUCUCUGGGUCUCAGGUUCCUUAUGUGCAAAAUAAGCAUGUUAGACAAGAUGGCCUCUGAGGUCCCUUCCAACUCUAGAGCUAUGAUCCUGUGAAUCGCUGCCUAAUCUCAUUCGAUUUCCCCCCACAAUCCUCUGAGGUCAGGGAUCAUCCUUCCCAUUUCAUAGAUGAGAAGACUGAAGCUGAGGGUGGGACAGGUAAAAGGGAUGACUGGUACAAAAUGGCAGGACUAGACCUGGACCCCAGAUAUCCUGAUUCCAAGUCCUUUCUCUUUGUACUCCACCAACACCCUUCCCUGUGCAGUGUACCUCCUUAUGCCUAGCUACCCACAAGUGUACCAGCCCUGUAUCUUGGGGUUUUCACUGGUCCCCUGGGGUUCAGCCUUGGUAUUCAGCAGUCUUUGAGUCUCCUAAAUAAAGAACUUGAGAGGACAUCCAGUUGGACCCUACAAAAUAGGUCUUUUGAGGGGGAGCAUGAGAAGACACCCAGGUAAUCAAUCUAUCCCCCCAAGCAGACUUCUGAGAAGACUCCCUCUACUCCGCCUCUUAUUCCUUGGCUUUACACCUGCCACAAUCACUGUCUAACCACACUGUGACAUUCAGUCAUCCAUCCUGCAGCUAGCAUCCUUCAAGUGCCCUGCCCCGUGUCCCUGAAGCCACAUCCUGCCCUCAAAAGAGGCAGACCUGGGCCAAAUGUGCAAUACAGUAUUGUAUCUCUUGCAGUGUCAGUGAUCCAUAUUUGUAUGUGUGUGUGUAAAUAUAAACCAGUUCCUGAUUUA